GCCCCCCCACCCAUAUCUUUGAGGCCCUAUUCCCUUUCAAUACUCAAAAGCCCUUCCUGCUUUACGCUACUUCCUACACGUGAUCCUCUCUCUCUCUCUCUCUUUCUCUCUCUCUACAAUUUUUUAUUUUGGUUUUCAAGGAAAAUCCAUGGGCUUCGUUCCCUCUCUAUAAAUCUCUCUUCUUCCCAGCAAAUCCCGAAUUGCUGAUGACCUUCAUCCCAUCGCACGCCGUCACUAUUGCAUCCAACUCCCUACAUGAUUUCUCAAACUGAGAAAGGAACAAAGAGAAGAAGUGAAAGCUGCUUUGCCUAUAUCGCUUGUAGUGCUAGUCUGCUCCUUUCCUCCCGAGACAGCUCUUGAUAACCUGAGCCCGGGAUCAGAAAGAAUUGGUUGGUGUUUUUUGGUGACACACCAUCUUUUCCUAUGCAAACUCUGGAUUGACUUUAUCCCUACGUUUGCCAUCUCCGUUCAAUCAUGCCUCUAGGCCAAAUGAAAGAGAAUGCAGAGUACCAUGUAGUGAUAAAGAACAAUCAUGUACAAAACCCAUCAAAAACCCUUCAAGCUAGAAAGGGUCCUCCCCAAGAGCAUCUUCAGAAUGGCAGAAGCAAAAGAAGGCCGAGAGCCAAGGGAAAACCAGAUCAAGGUGACGUUUUUGCGCGCCUGGAUUCCAGAGUCUGCAGUAUGGAGCCGCCGGUCCCCGUGAAAGGUUUGGAACUCCCGGCACCUCGAAUUGAUGCCUGCAAUACGCGGGGUUUGGUUGGCAUGGAAGUGGGGCCUCCUGCUUCUAGCAAGGCUAUCAGGUUUCCUGCUAGGCCUGGUUAUGGACAAGCUGGAGUAAAGUGCCUGGUGAAAGCCAACCAUUUCUUUGCUGAGCUUCCGCAGAAGGACUUGAACCAGUAUGAUGUAACCAUAACUCCUGAGGUGGUGUCUAGAAGCGUGAACAGGGCUAUCAUGGCUGACCUGGUGAAACUAUACAGGGAGUCUGAUCUGGGGAUGAGAUUGCCUGCUUAUGACGGAAGGAAGAGCCUGUACACCGCAGGAGUACUUCCUUUCACUUCAAAGGAGUUCAUUGUUAAACUUGUGGAUGAAGAAGACGGUGUUCACGGUCCCAAAAGGGAAAGGGAAUUUCGGGUUGCAAUAAAAUUUGUCGCAAGAGCUGAUCUGCACCAUUUGGGAGAGUUUCUGGCUGGUAGACGAGCUGAGGCUCCACAAGAAGCUCUUCAAGUUCUCGACAUUGUUCUUCGAGAACUAUCAACUCAAAGGUAUUGCCCUGUCGGGAGAUCAUUUUAUUCUCCUGAUAUUCGGAGGCCGCAGCGGCUUGGUGAAGGACUGGAGUCCUGGUGUGGCUUUUAUCAAAGUAUAAGGCCUACUCAAAUGGGUCUUUCUCUAAAUAUUGACAUGUCUUCCACAGCCUUUAUAGAACCACUUCCAGUAAUUGAGUUUGUAGCUCAAAUUCUGAACAAAGAUGUUCUGUCAAGACCAUUAUCUGAUGCUGACCGUAUAAAGAUCAAGAAGGCAUUGAGAGGUGUUAAAGUUGAAGUCACUCAUAGAGGAAAUGUUAGAAGGAAGUACAGAGUUUCUGGGUUGACAUCGCAGCCAACUAGGGAGCUUGUGUUUCCAGUUGAUGAUCAAUCAACAAUGAAAUCAGUAGUUGAGUACUUUCAAGAGAUGUAUGGCUUCACCAUCCAACACACUCAGCUUCCUUGCCUUCAAGUGGGAAACCAAAAGAAAGCUAAUUAUUUGCCAAUGGAGGCGUGUAAAAUUGUGGAGGGGCAACGAUAUACCAAAAGGUUGAAUGAGAAGCAGAUCACGGCUCUCCUCAAAGUUACAUGCCAGAGACCUAGAGAUAGGGAAAUGGAUAUUUUGCAGACUGUCCACCAUAAUGCAUAUGACCAAGAUCCAUAUGCAAAGGAAUUUGGGAUCAAAAUCAGUGAAAAGCUUGCCUCUGUUGAGGCUCGGAUUUUGCCUGCACCUUGGCUGAAGUAUCAUGAAACUGGAAAAGAAAAGGACUGCUUGCCUCAGGUUGGUCAGUGGAAUAUGAUGAACAAGAAAAUGAUAAAUGGGAGUAAAGUGAGCCAUUGGGCAUGUAUCAACUUCUCAAGAAGUGUCCAGGAGAGUGUAGCACGCAGCUUCUGUAAUGAGUUGGCACAAAUGUGCCAAGUGUCUGGCAUGGAAUUCAAUCCUGAGCCUGUGAUUCCUGUAUAUGCUGCCAGACCUGACCAGGUAGAAAAGGCCCUUAAGCAUGUAUAUAAUGCUAGUAUAAACAAACUGAAAGGGAAAGAGCUGGAUCUCCUCUUAGCCAUAUUGCCCGACAACAAUGGCUCUUUGUAUGGUGAUCUCAAGCGGAUAUGUGAAACUGAUCUAGGCUUAAUAUCUCAGUGUUGUCUCACAAAGCACGUAUUCAAAGUUAGCAAGCAGUACCUGGCCAAUGUCUCGUUGAAAAUUAAUGUCAAGAUGGGAGGAAGAAACACUGUCCUUAUGGAUGCUAUCAGCUGGAGAAUACCUUUGGUUAGUGAUAUACCUACCAUAAUAUUUGGAGCAGAUGUGACCCACCCCGAGACAGGGGAGGAUUCCAGUCCAUCCAUAGCAGCUGUUGUAGCUUCUCAGGAUUGGCCAGAGAUUACAAAGUAUGCUGGGCUGGUUUGUGCUCAAGCUCAUCGGCAAGAGCUUAUACAAGAUUUGUACAAGACAUGGCAUGACCCCGUCCGCGGUACAGUUAGUGGUGGCAUGAUUCGGGACCUCUUGAUUUCCUUUAGAAGGGCAACUGGUCAGAAGCCACUGCGAAUUAUUUUUUAUAGGGAUGGUGUGAGCGAAGGUCAAUUCUAUCAAGUGCUGCUGUAUGAGCUAGAUGCAAUAAGGAAGGCCUGUGCUUCACUGGAACCAAAUUACCAACCACCGGUGACUUUUGUUGUCGUGCAAAAGCGGCAUCAUACACGACUAUUUGCUAGCAACCAUAGAGACAGAGGCAGCACAGAUAAGAGUGGCAACAUUCUCCCGGGCACUGUGGUUGAUACUAAAAUUUGCCAUCCCAAUGAAUUUGAUUUCUACCUGUGCAGUCAUGCUGGGAUACAGGGCACUAGCCGGCCUGCUCAUUACCACGUGCUGUGGGAUGAGAACAAUUUUACAGCUGAUGGGAUGCAGACACUAACCAACAACUUAUGCUAUACGUAUGCUAGGUGUACCCGCUCCGUCUCCGUAGUGCCCCCUGCUUACUAUGCGCAUCUUGCGGCAUUUCGCGCAAGAUUCUACAUGGAGCCUGAUGCAAUGGACAACGGCUCCACACCUGGUGGUCGGAGUUCAGGAUCAACAAAGAGUGGGCGUUCGGCUGGCGUCCGGCCGUUACCAGCACUGAAGGAGAAUGUCAAGAAAGUUAUGUUCUACUGCUGAGGAACCGAUGGUGAUGAAUUCUGUGCUCCCAUCGGCUUCUCUCCUUGUAUGUAUAUAAGAAUUAUUCAUGAUCCAAGAAUCUUUCCUUC